CGCCAGAUGUCUCCACCAUUCAGACUUGAGCGGCUCUGAACCUGCAGAUGGAAGCAAGAUAAAGCGGCGUCGGCGCAGAAAACUUUGGCACAGUCCAACUGAAGCAGCAGGUAUGGGAGCUUCACAGACGCACUCCGAACACAAAUACCAGGACCUGGUGGGAAAAAGUGGAUUUUCAGUAGAGCAGAUUGAAAACCUUCAGAAAAGAUUUCAGCAGUUGAGUGGUAAUGAAGAGACAAUAAGCAGAGAAAACCUGAACAGCAUACCAGCACUCGCCAACAACCCCAUCAAGAAGCAAAUCAUUGAAGCUUUUUUUGAUAAAAGGAACCAGCAUGAAAAUGAGAUGGGCUCUUUUGAGGAGAUUGGUUUUGAGCAGUUCAUCAUGGUCAUGUCCCACUUCCGCCCUCCGACUCUGAAAACAACAGAAGAGGAAAAGCAAGCUAUGAGGAAAGAGAAACUUCGCUUUUUAUUCAACAUGCAUGACACAGACAGUGACGGCACUAUUACGUUAGAGGAGUACAGAAAGGUAGUAGAGGAGCUCCUGUCAAAAUCUGAUGCCAUCGGGCAGGAGGCUGCCAAGGCCAUAGCAGAUGCUGCCAUGUUAGAGGUGGCGAGCACGAACGUGCCCCACAUGGCCCCGGACGAUGUCUACGAAGGAAUUACGUUUGAGCAUUUUGAACAGAUCUUAAAAGGCCUUGAAAUGGAGUCCAGGAUGCACAUUCGCUUUCUGGAUGUGGACACCAUAACAAUGCAUUGUGGGAAAUCAACCACCUAAAAGGAUGUUUUUUUUUUGUAAGAAAUGGUUAAAUCCAGUCUUUUCUGUUUUUGAAGAUGUUAAAACCAAAUAUCUUUGGUAUGCAGUAAUUAAUAUGUUUUUAUUAGAGGGAAUUGAAUCUUAAUUGAUUUUAUACUCAUUUAUAGAAUGUAUGCUGCUUGUGUGGUUUAGGCUUUGAUGAAAUGAGAGUGGUAAAUUUACUUUUGUACUGCUUUUUAACAGCAUUUUAAACACCAGCUCCAAAUGACUUGCAUGUAAUAUGGAGAAUUCAGUGCAACUUCAACAAAAGGUCCACAUGUUAGAUGAAGUCAGCCGAGCUCAGUGACUCCCCUGGCUUUCAUGGGUCAUCUGUUGUGGGUAACAUCCAAAGACCGCAGGCACAUAGCAUUCCUCUGCAGUGCCAGAAUAGGCAGAUAUUUCACUUAUGUAUCCCACUGAGACUCUGAAUAUCCAACGGCUGCUGCUGUACCAUGAAAGCAACUAUUUUUAACUACUUCGGGAUUUUUCACUUGACCUUAGAUGGAGUAUUAAAAAUUCAUCGCAAAAUAUACACAUGAACCAAAUAAAUGCAAACAAACCUGAUAAAACAAGAUUUUUUUUCUUUUGUACAUGA